UCUGUCAAAAAAUCCUGACCCGGUACCCGCCCGUUUGCCUACUCCCACGCUUCCGUUUCCAAUCAUUUACUCUAAUAUUUAUGCAGUAAUGGCUACCCAACACCAAGAAAUCUCUUUCAAUGCUUUCUUGUCCUCUACUCCAACUAUAAAGGAGCUAACGGAGCAUGUUAAUGUUAGUACUAACUGGUACACACUUGGUACGAUGCUUGACUUGGAUCAGAGACAAUUACAAGAUAUUAAUGGCAAAGCUAUCCCUAGCACUCAGAAGAUGAUAGAGAUGUUCAAUCUAUGGCUGACCACUACUCCUACUGCUAGUAGGAGAGAAGUACUAGAAGCAUUGAGAAAAAGUGUAGUGGAAGAGAAUGCACUUGCUUAUGAAUAUGAAAAGCAUCUGAGGGAAUUACAUGAAACAACUUAUGUACCACCAUCUACUGAGGCAGUUUUUAUUCUUCAAAGGAAUAUUCAAUCAUUGAAUGAAGCUCUUGUCUCUCCUGUACAAGUGUCUCAACUGUUAUACUGUAAGAGAUGUAUAAGUGAAGAUACUCUGGAUGAAAUGGAGAGGAUAGAUCAGAGGAGGUCACUGGAUGACAAGAAGACCACUCUAUUGACUGCCAUGCAAGAAACAGUGUCUCACGACUACAGGAAACUUAAAGAUAUUGCUACAGUGCUGUCUGAUGUUGAAGAAACAAGAGAUAUAGGCAAUGAAAUCAUGACCAAAUAUGAAGAGGAAAUUCCUCAAGAUGAUGAUAGUACAGUAGUACAACCACAGGUGGGAGUAGUAAUCAGUAAUGAAGAUCGUGCUAGUGAUAUAUUGAGGAAUAAUUACAGUGCUCUCUCUCAGUCAAUUACUGAACCAGUUCGUAUGGCAAUGUUGCUUUAUAAAGAGGUUAUAUCCGAUGAGGCUCUGUCUUGUGUCAUGUCUACCAGAGGUUCUGUCUCUGACAGUAGAGCAGUUCUCCUCAAGGCUGUACGAGAUGCUGUUCACUCCAAUUACAAACACCUGGAGUUGUUUGUUACUGUAUUGAGGAAGUUCCCAGAGACUGCUCAUAUUGGAGAUACCAUCUUUGAAGAAUACAGAAAGCAUUUCAAUUAUGAUGAUGAUGUUCCAGAGAAAGAAAAGUUUUUGGCAGAAAGAAACAGAGAUUUCCAACAAAGGUCAAUGUCUACUAGUUCAGAAAGUUUAACAUUUGAUCACAAAGAAAUGGAUAAGCAUGGUGAUCACGAAAUCCUUCUUGAUCGUGAUGUGAAGAAGAAGUUUAAAGAAAUCAAUUUAAAGUCAGGUACUACUUUUUAUCGAGUUCGACGUAUUUUUAAUAAUAAGAAAAAUAUCUUGGAUAUUAAUGAAGUAAAGCAACUUAUUAGUGACUGGUUUCCUGAUCUGAAGCCUCAGCUCUCUGAUAAGAUGACCAUUGGUGAAGUAUUGGAUGUACUGAGGAGAAAGUGCAAUAUCAUGGACAUUAGUCCUCUUGAAAAUUUAGCCUUUGAAUUCAACAUAGAAGAUGCUAUACCAAUCAUUGAGUCAUUCAAAGAGGAAGCUAAGGAUUUCUGCAAAUCAGUAUCAGUGAGUCUUUGCCUUGGUGAGAAGCUACAAGCAGUUGCUACUCCAUCCCGCCUUUUAUGUGAAACCGUUGUCUUUGUCUUCAACUGGAAUCCUGAUGAAUGCACAUUGCAAGAUAUCAAUGAUGUAUUUGAUGAGUUGGAGCCACUUAACAGAUUUAAAUACAUUUUACAGGUAGAUGAAAUUGAUCGUAAUCGAUCAGUUGUGGUAACCUGCUACUGUCCUGCUGAAUACACUGGCUCACUGAUAAUCACUGUCCUUGGUAAAAUAGAUACACUGCAAAGGAGAGGAUUGAAGGAAUUUAUACUCGGCAACUGUACUCUAUGGAAUACUACUCAGAUACUGAGUAAGAAUACAGAGGGGGCAGACUUGCUAACAGAGGUUAAUGAUUUGAAAGCUGCUUUAAGAGAGAGAGAUGAAAGAAUAAUGGCUACUGAAUCAGAGGUAGCAACAAUCAAGGAGCUAUCAGAAAAUAGAUUAAAAGAAAUAAAAGCAUUAAAAAUGGAUCUUGAAAAGAGUCAAUAUAUUAAUGUUCAAAAUGAAGAAUUGAUUAAUGAACUGAAGGAGGAAAGGGCAUCACUAAAAGAAAAACUUUUAAAGAGAGAAAAAUUGUUGAAGCAAUAUUCAAAAGAAACAAAACUGAAAGAAAUAGAAGUAGUACAAGAGGAUGGAGAAGUGGAGUGGGAUUGGUAUGAUGUAACACUCACUAGACCGUCAGUUGGUCAAUGUAAGGAGGUAAUCAGUAAACUGGAGAACAAUCAUAAUACUAUUACAUUCAACUACUUAUCAUCCGACAGAAUACAGUCCCUAAUACCAAUUAUAUUGGGAAUACAUGCAAUAGAACAACUUCAUUUACUCUCCUCGUUCUUUUUGCGUGAAUGUAUCCUUUCAUUUUCUUCUCAACUAACAACCAAUGGAUCAUUAAAAACUCUAGCCCUAACAGGUAAUUCAAUCAGUGACGAUGGAGUCAUUGCACUAGCAAAAUCACUGGAAUACAAUAAGACACUUGAAUGCUUGCAUCUUAAUGAUAAUCCUGGCAUCACUUCAGUUAGUGCAGAGUCACUCGCUGAACUUUUACGUAAUAACAAUACACUCAUUAACCUUUACCUUGACAAGACUAACAUUGAUACUAGUGGAGUAUUGAAACUGAUAGAAUCACUCAAGACCAAUAACACACUAAGGGAACUAUGGCUAGACAAACAUCAUGAAAAAACUUGUUUUACUUUACCUUAUUAUGAGGAUAUUGAAAACAUUUUAAUAUUUGAAGUAAAGACAUAAAUUUA